AUGGGCAACUCGACUAGUACGGUCCUGGACAAUAUCGUCCAAGGAUCAAACUUCGACAAGGAAGAGGUUGACCGCCUACGGAAGCGAUUCAUGAAACUCGACAGGAGGAGGGAAUGGUUGCAGGACAACUCCGGUACUAUCGAGCGCGAUGAAUUUCUCAGCCUACCGCAAAUAUCCAACAACCCUCUAGCGACACGAAUGAUUGCCAUCUUCGACGCCGACGGCGGCGGCGACGUCGACUUUGAAGAGUUCGUCGGCGGCCUCAGCGCCUUCAGCGCCAAGGGUAACAAGGAGCAGAAGCUCCAGUUCGCCUUCAAGGUGUACGACAUUGACCGUGACGGCUACAUCUCCAACGGGGAGCUCUUCAUCGUCCUCAAGAUGAUGGUCGGCAGCAACCUCAAGGACCAGCAGCUCCAGCAGAUUGUCGACAAGACCAUCAUGGAGGCCGACCUCAACGGCGAUGGCAAAAUUGACUUUGACGAGUUCACAAAGAUGAUUGAGGGGACCGACGUCAGCACCAGCCUCACUCUCGACACCUUCUAA